AUGGGGCACAAGCUGGCGGAAAGGAUCAAAUACGCCAUGGCGCAUUUGUCCCACAAGCAAUACAUUACUCUGCUGGCGCAGCCUAAUUGGAGGAGGGUCCAAAGAAUGAAUUUGAACCUUCUGGCGAAUCCUUUCGGCAUCAGACGCGCAGCCCUUCGAGCACGCGCCUCGAAGCGAAUCAAAGUCAUGGCGAGGCCGAAACACCUUAACAAGAAAUACGAUCCUGCACUGGCACCGCCGCCGUACCCGCGGAUCCACCCGAAAACACUCGAGGCCAAGAGCAGCAAACGCAUCGUCGACUUGGCUCUGCCAAAAAAGAGACAGCUGCUGGCGAACAUGAGGUUCCAAACGAGGGCCAACAUAGCAGAGCUACUGUGGAAGGUGCAGAACUCCCGGUACCGGAAGUACCGAUAUUUUUGCAACGCCAGACAGCAGCGGGAAAUGAGGAAGAAGAACAAAAUAAUGGCCAGGCUACGCAGAGCCGUGAAACCGGAAGAGUGGGAUCAACACGUGGCCUUCUUGGAAAAACUCGCUGCCCCCAAAGUGCCGCCCAAACCAACCUUUCCCGGCAGAAGAAGGAAAUGGAGGCCGGUGAACAUGCGGAGGAUCGAAGAGUUGGCGACGCCGUUGAUCAGAGAGUUACCGGACGUCAGGGAUCCCUUCACGGUCCCCGAAAGCGCUCUCACGUACAUCAUCACCAGUCGCAUGGCGGAAAUUGCGUAUCCAAAGACUCUGCCGGAGAUCGUACCGCCACGGAUCCCGGGCGCAGUCAGUCAGGCCGCUUUAAAGGCCAUAGCUUCCCCGAGGACGAUACUCUUGGCGAAGCCUUUGGAACGACCAGCGGGGAUAGAGACCGACGUCAGAGAAGAUGCUUUCACGGUCUCCCCGAAAGCGUUAAAGGCCAAAUGCUCCCGUCGGCUGAAAUUUCUGGCCAGGCCGAAACGGUACAGGUGA